AUGAGAUCUCAAGCUUUCCUUGGCGCACUGGCGUUAAGCAGCGCUGUCGCUGGCCAGAGCAUCUCGCAGGACGACAUUAACGGCAGGCCAACAUGUACCGUUUGCGCCGGCUCGAGCAAUGCCACCGACGACACUCCUACCAUACUCCGUGCCUUCCAGCAAUGCGGGAACGGUGGCACCAUCGUCUUCCCAGCCGAUCAAACCUACCACAUCAAUUCUAAGCUGAACCCGGUCGUCGACGACGUGACCAUCGACUGGCGCGGCGAAUGGAUGUUCUCUGAAGACCUAGAUUAUUGGCGUAACAACAACUACCACAUUUCAUUUCAAAACCAUGCCGCUGGUUUCAUCCUCACAGGCGACCACAUCCGCAUCGAUGGCUUCAAUACCGGCGGCAUCGAUGGCAACGGUGAGGUGUGGUAUUACGACGAAAGAGGAAACGAGACAACUGGAGCGACACGGCCAGGCCGCCCCAUGCCCUUCGUCCUGUGGAACGUUAGCGACGUCCACGUUCGUAACUUUUACGUCGUACAGCCCCAACUCUGGUCGAUCAAUAUGAUGAAUGCUACCAACAUAUACUUCGAUAAUAUCUAUGUUAACGCGACCUCUCCGCAAGCCCCUCACGGCUACAACUGGGUGCAAAAUACGGACGGUUUCAACACUAUGGACAGCUACAACGUCUACCUGACCAAUUUCACCUAUCAGGGCGGCGAUGACUGCGUCGCGAUCAAGCCACGGAGCUACAAUAUAUUUGUCAAUGAUGUCACGUGCCAUAGCGGGAACGGUGUUGCCAUUGGAUCUCUCGGACAGUACCUGAAAGACGCCUCUGUGGGGAACGUGCAUAUUGACAAUGCCAAGAUCAUCAAGGGCGGUGCGCAGGACAGCAUAGGACAGGGAGCAUAUAUCAAGACCUGGGUCGGAGAGCUCGUCUCCGGAGGCGAUCGUGACUAUGAGAGCGACUAUCAACCCCGCGGCGGCGGCUGGGGCGGCGUCAGGAACAUGCUCUUCAGCAACUUCCAGAUCUUCGGCGCUGGUGGUGGGGGCGUUAUCACUCAGGACAGCGGCGACAACGGCACCGCAGCAGGCACAUCAAACAUGUUGGUGAACAACGUCGCGUUCGUGAACUUCACCGGCUAUCUGGAUGAUAGCAAUGUGGAGGCGAGUGUGAGUUGCUCGAGGAGGCAGCCGUGCUACAAUAUCGAUUACAAGAACUACACGUUGUACACAAGCGCGAAUCGCACGCAGUUGGCGACGCAGGCAAGCUGUAUGUGGACGGAGGACGGCGGGGUACGUGGAGUGGAUUGUAAGGAGGCCGAUGGUGACUGA